GGAAGAGCGACAGAGGAAGUGAUGGAGUGAACAUCCUCAUCCUCAUCAUCACCAUCAGAGGAGGAGAACCUGCCUCUGACUCUCAGACCAUCUCCAGUCUUAGGAGCCUGAGGAAGAGUCAUGAUGUCUGAUGCCAGGGUUUCCUCCGUCAUCCAGGAGUGGGCGAGCUCCUACUCGGGUCAGGUGAACCCAGCUGUCACCACCUCCGGCCAAACCGAGGCCUCCGCUCAGCUGUCUCACAUGGAGAUGAUGCCGUACGGCCAGGCUCAGGGAAUGCUGAGGGAGGGCGGGGAGGACAGUGUGGCCGAGCAGAUGAUGGGAAUGUCCUACCUGCCAUACUCCACGUCCUGCCUAGGCCACUCCUCGAAUGCGGCGAGCAACAACCACCACCAGAGCCACGCCAGCACUCAGCAGGACUUCUCUCCCUUCCUCCUGCCGACCCUGAGGGCCCCGCAGAGCAAGAGAAGCAUCAGCAAGGACAGCGCUGAGUACCGGCAGAGGCGCGAGAGAAACAACAUUGCCGUGAGAAAGAGCCGGGACAAGGCCCGCAGGAGGAUCCUGCUGACCCAGCAGAGGGCCAUGCAGCUGCAGGAGGAGAACCAGAAGCUGCAGCUGAGGAUAGGGCAGCUGACGCAGGAGCUGGACACUUUCAAACACAUCCUGUCCCAGCGACACCCGCAGGGGGCCGAGGAGGGCGCUGCAGGGGGGUCUGGUAUCUAAACAUCUCCUUCUCAUCGACAUCUAGAGACAACAAAAUGCACAUAACACUGGCAGUACAGUAAAUAUACUUGGACUAUAAUAGAAUAUUUAAGUUUUCUCCUGUUGGCAAAUGUAGCCCAUGUUCAUGGUAGCUGUAAAAACAAAUAAAAAAAGCCAUAAAGAAAAGUAAAGACGUUUUUUUGUUUGAGACUAAAGAAAAUGCAUUGAUUAAGGUAUAAAUAAAAAUUAUGGUUUGGACUGAAUCAGAACUGUAUGUUGAGGAAAGUUUAAAACUGCUUGUAACAAAAUUGCAUUAAUGUAAUUACUUUAUUCAGAGUUAAAUGCAAUUGUUAAUAUUAGGUUUUCCAAAAUUAAAAAGUAAAGUUUUAGUAAGUCAAAAAAAGAAAUUGUAUGGUCUUUAUGACAACUUCUUUCAGCUUGUGUCAAUGAAUUUUUUCUUCUUUAUCCAAAUAUAAAUUCCAUUAGAUACUUAAUCAUUAUUGAUGGUUUCAACAAACUAAUCGUAAAUAUUAUUUGUUUUGGCUAUAAAAUUACAGUCAUUUUUACAAGUUGAUACAAAGAACCACACAGGACACAACGAAGACACCAUAGAUCCAGAUUAUUGUAUUAACAAUUUCAGCUCUGCCUAAUUACAGAUGCUCAACAGUGAUUGGACAGAAGCUGUUUGAGAACAAAGACGGCAUUAUAUACAUUUUUGAAUUACACUAAAACUGUUAAUAAAAUAAAAAGAACAUUUUACCCUUUUUCUGGAUAAAGAGAGAUUUUGUCAUGGCCUCUGUCUUUAUUAAAUUGUAGCUUCGAUCCUGUACACUGGAGCUUUUGAGGGAACCUGCAGAGGAUCUGAAUAUAGAAGCUGUGACUAAAUUCACUGUAAACGCAGUCACCCUGAGAAACGGGACUAUAUGAUUGCUGAGACUUUGCCGUGGACGGACACUUCUGAGAUUUGGUUCAAUCUAACAAACAUUGCCUCAUCACCAUCUACCUGAUACUUCAGCUGUAUUUUGAGGUUAGUUGCCCAACAGGAGUUUCACAAUGAUAUGUGGUUUGUCAAGGAUUUAUUGAAAUCUUUCUCUGUAUAUAUAUAUGUAAUACUCUAAGUAGGUGCGGGGUUACUUGAAAUGAUUUUUGUAUCUGUAGAGGUGUCCCUGUCUUGUUCAUGAAUGUGUUUUAUAAAUGUGUGAUAAUACACUGUUAAAGCAAUAUGUUGCCAUGAAUGUUUUUAAAUAAUAAAUAAA